ACCACAGCUAACAUAUAAUAAAAAAAACAAUCCUCAUCAAAUUUUGUCUUCAUUCUGCCACAUAAGUAAAACAAAACACACUCACAUAGCCUCUGUGUCAUAUUCUGGAAGCUUGCGUACAGACCAAUACAAUCAAUAUAUAGCUAUCUCCUUCGUUUAUAUUCUCCAUCUUCACCCUUUCUUUAUCCUCUGCAACUUCUUCCCUCCAAAUGAAGAAAAAUAUGCUUCUCUCUGCUCUUAUGGCCGUUGCAGUCUCUUUCUUCUCCUUGACGAUGAAAGAUUAUUUUUCUUUGUAUCAGUCGCCAGCAGAAAAUGGAGAAGAAAGCAGAUUGAAAGAAGCUUUUAUCAAUGGUGGAGCAGUAGGGCCUGAGAGCCUUGCAUUUGAUAAGGAUGGUGAGGGGCCUUACACAGGUGUAUCAGAUGGUAGAAUAUUGAAAUGGCAAGGAGAUGAUAUUGGAUGGAUUGAAUUUUCCAGUGUCUCCCCUUCUCAUAUGUUGGAUGAAUGUAGAGGCUCACAAGAUCCAAAACAGGAAUAUUUAUGUGGGAGACCACUUGGAUUAUGUUUCUGUAAGAAGACAGGAAAACUAUAUGUUGCUGAUGCAUAUUUUGGCUUGUUAAUAUUUGACAACAAAGAUAAAGUUCCUACCACAGUUUCAAAAGAGGCAGGAGCUCCAUUUUACUUCACCAAUGCAUUGGAUAUUGAUCAGGAAACUGGAGUAAUAUAUUUUACUGUCAGCAGUGCAAAAUUCAGAAGAAGUGAGUUCUUAUCAGCAAUCAUAACAGGAGACAACACAGGAAGAUUAAUGCAAUAUGACUCCACCACCCAAAAAACACAAAUCCUGCUCUCUAACCUAUCAUUCCCAAAUGGCGUUGCAUUAAGCUCAGAUGGCUCUUUUCUGCUCAUUGCAGAGAGCACAAAUUGUAGAAUUCUAAGAUACUGGCUUCAAAACUCAAGCUUUGAGGUUUUCUUCCAGCUUCCAGGAUUUCCUGAUAAUAUAAGGAGAAGCCCAAGAGGAGGGUUCUGGAUUGCAUUACAUUCAAGAAGAAGCACGAUUGAGAAAUGGCUUCUUUCUCUUCCAUGGAUUAAGAAGGCUUUCUUCUAUGGUUCCAAUUUGUUUCCAUGUAAGUAUUUGAAACUCGUUGGAACUGAGUUCUGGAUGCGAGUUUCAUUGAAUUCAGCUUUAAUGUUGUUUGUUUUUCAUGGAUCAACUUGCAAAUUCAGUUUCAGAUUUUUUUUUUCGAUUUUUAGUGAAUUUCAUAUUUGCACACCAUGCAUCCUACUAAUUUUAAGUUUAUCAGUAUAUAAAUCAUUAUGGUGUGAAACUUUUGCAAAAAAUGGUAAGUAAUUUCCUACAUAAGAAAAUAUGUCCAUAGAGAAAUAUUAAGCAGGCUGAAAUAGAGGCAGAAAAUUUCACUGAA